AUGGCUUUCGCUGUCUUCUCCGUCCUCGCCGUUCUGGCCACCGCCCAGGCUGCCGAAUACCCCUACUACAGCCAGCAGGCCGCCAGCCCGUACUCUUACCAGCAGUACCCCCAGCAGUACUCCGCUCCUUCCUACUACCGUGCCGCUGAGGAAGCCGCCCCAGCACCCGCUGCCGCUCCCCUGCCAUCCCCAGUUGCUGCCCCCAAAUUCGCCACCCAAGAGAUCGCCGCCCCCAGGUACGCUGCCGUCGAAUCUGCUGCCCCCCGGUACGCCGUCGCUGAAGCUUCUGCCCCCCGGUACGCUGAGGUCCAACAGUACUCCGCUCCGGUCUACCAGGCCCGCUCCUACGACGCCCCCAUCGCCCGCUCCUACGACGCCCCCAUCGCCCGCUCCCACCAUGCUCCCUGCCCGGCUCCGGUCCCUGAGAUCAAGCCCGUCGUAGUCAAGUCCAACCUCCCAGUGCCAUACACCUACGGAGUUCACCGUGAGCCCCAGGUCUUGGAGCACCACUCUGCUCCCUCUGUCUUCCACUACUACGGACAACCCUACGUAGUCAAGCACACCCAGAGCGCUGUCCUCCACGCCUACACCCAGAAGCCCGUCGUUGUCGACGAGUACGAACACCCCCAGGUGCACGAAGAGCCCGCCAAGCAAGCCGUCAUCGUCGAAGAGGUCUGCCCUCCCGUCGAAAGCUACCACCACUAA